UUGAAGCUUACGUAUUAUACAGUCCGAUUAAGGAAGAGCGUUAGUUUUUUUUGUAUCCUCAAUAUUUCACGGUUUUUGUUGUUCAAAGAAUUAGCUACGGAGUCUUUGUGUGUUCUCAAAGCUGUUGUUAUCUCAGUAGUGAAAUCGAAGUGAAAUAUAUAUGUUCCUUAGUGCAUAACAACACCAGCUAGAUAAUAGUGUGAUUCAUAUUAAUUAUGUGAACACUUGAAGUGCGCGAUAACACGCCCAGCCUCGUAACGUUCCAUCGCCGCUCGUUUCCUGAUGAUUAGUUGCUUAAAAUUUAUGUGGUUGCAUGUCUCUUUAAUAUAAAAUCAAUACUUAGAACCGUCAACUCCUAUUCUAUUUGUCCUAAGUGGUGAUUCCUAUUUCGAUGCUCAAUGUAUCAACCAUCCCGUGUCAGAUAUUACAAUUGAUGGCGCAUUGAUAAUUUUAAAUUAUUCAUCAUUAAAUUUUCAUGUGCCAUUGGCGGCGCUUUUUUAAACUGAAUACUAAAUACUUCCGUCAGAGGUCGCGCCGUGUGAUUCGUCCGUGACGUUGUCGCGCUUGCGUGCGCUCAGUCCGCGCGAGCUUCGCUCCACUGCAGUUGUCUCCAAACAACGCGCAGGGCUCCGUUGGGGUCCUAAAACUGUUUUUUGAAAAAUCAUCGUGGCGUGACAGUGACAUUGUGCGGUGUGAUUUUGGUUUUGUGGCGUCCAGGUGAUAAAGAACAGCGGGCGUCCGAGCCCGCUUCGGCGCCGAUCGAUACGUUGUGGUAUGGCGCAGGAGAUAUGAGCCAGGGGGGCUCGAGACGGCCCUAUUCGCGCGGGGGCCCGCGCUGGCACCCGCGCUACAAGGACUACUGGGACUACGAGCAGAACUACAGCGAUGGCAGCAGUGCAGGUAGCCCCAAGGAGGCGUGUGUGGCUCAGUCCCCGCCACCGGUGCCAGCCAAGAGACACCCUCACCAUCACCACGAACAGCGCCGUCUCAGUGUCGGCGGUGGAGCGGGCGGCUCGCGUCGCGCCGAGCGUCGCGCCGCCGGCCCUUCAAACCGCCGAACAGAACUGCGAGUGAGCCCGGGGGCGGGGGCCGGGACCUCCGCUGAGUCUCCACACCUACAUCACACUGCACACCAUCAUCACAUGGACACCAAUCCUCUUGAGGGUUCAGCGCCCCUGGAGGCCGUUGUCGGCGCCAGCGCUGGAUCUUCAGACGAACUGUCCAGCAAACCUGGUGACAGUCCCACAAGGAAAAGACGUCGCAUAUCAAGGCAUCUGUCGACAGGUGAGAGUAACGUGACGGUAGCAGCGCCGCCGGUCGAGAGGCGGACACCGCGCCACCACUACCAGCCACCUCGCCGCGUGCGUUACGUCAGCGGGAACGGUGCGGGGGUGUGGCAUGAGCGGCUGUUGGACCAGCACGCUGCUCACCCGUCACACCCUCACCCCGCUCACCCCGCGCACCCCGCCCAUCCUGCUCACCCCGCUCACCCUGCGCACCUAUCACACGCGCACCACACGCCGCUGCUGUUGGACAUCAACCAGAUGUCGCUGCGCGGCGCUCGCCUCAGUGCGCUGGGUGGUGGCGUGGGUUGGGGGCACCACGCCCCCCACCACGCUCCGCAUCACGCCCCACAUCAACACCAACACCAUCGAGAGCAUCCAACUAGGACCCAGGUGGCGGGCGUGGCUGCGGGCGAGCUGUGGCCGGCUGUGCUGCCCGCGCUGCCGCAUGCGCAUUUGCGCUAUCAGAUGGGCGGCGUGUACGCGGGGCUGCAGUACCACGGGAGCUUCGCGCCGGCGCCGCCCCCACGAGGACCCUUCGCCUCCCCCCCUCAUCCUCACCCGCACUACAUCACCAACUCACAGCGUUCGGAAGGAGGUCGUCUGGAAAUGUUGGGUAGCGGUGAAGGUGGACUUUCUCCGCUGCAGCCGACAGCUGAUCUCCACCACGCGCCCCUGUUACUCGCCACCGAGGCGCGGGGUGCUCCGUUGGAGCUGAUGGCACCUCAUCACGCGAGACACGCGCUAUCACAUCACCACCAUCGUCGUAGUGGUGGCGGCGUGGGCGUCGGCGGUGGCGUGGGCGUGGGCGUCGGUGUCGGUGUAGGCGUGGUGGGCGCCGGUUCACGAGCAGCCCGGCCGUACGUCCGUGCAGCUCCGCGCUGGGCCGCCCAUCCUCACACCGUGCAUCACAUACACCAGGGUGGUGGAGGUCUGGUCCAAGCGACGCUCCCCGCUCAGCUGCACGUAGCGUCGCCACUGUCACUGCCACCGCCGCCCCCCACUUACCAGGUGUUCCUAAAUCUGUUGGCAAUGUUCCCGCUGUCACCGUACGCGGAGGCCCGGGACGAGGCCGGGGACUCCCCGGAGACGGAGAACUACGAGGCGCUGCUGUCGCUGGCGGAGCGCCUGGGAGAGGCGAAGCCCCGGGGGCUCGCCAGACACGAGAUAGACCUACUGCCUUCAUACAAAUACUCUGAACAAACUCACCAGGGUGAGCAGACCUCGUGCGUGGUGUGCAUGUGUGAGUUCGAGGCCCGGCAGACGCUCCGCGUGCUGCCUUGCGCCCAUGAGUUCCACGCUAAGUGUGUUGAUAAGUGGCUUCGGUCAAAUCGAACGUGUCCCAUAUGCCGCGGGAACGCGUCGGAGUACUUCACCAACUCGGAGUGACUCCACCAAAAUCGUCCUUAUUGUGCAAGCAGUAAGGGCGGCAGUCGUCUAUGAUCACCGCUUCGGAUUUGUGUAUUUCGUUAGUGUACAAUCACCGAUGUCCUAGUAUAGCUGUAAACACACUUCGCUGUAUCGACUCUAUAACUAUCAACACAAAGUCUAUAUUCCAAUGUAAGCCCCGGCGGAGUGCUAUCAUCAGCUGUUAUUAUUAGUUUGCUACGAUAUAGUUUCAAAGUUACCCGUAACAUCCCGUAAUGGUUAAGUGUUAAGUGUAUGUGCGGCGGCCUUAGUUGUGUGCGACCCUAACGGUCCGAGUGCGAGUGUAUAAAUAGUGGAGCGGGCCGUCUCGAGCUCAGUCGGCGCCGAGACGCCGCGUCGGACGGACGUGUAUGGGGGGUUAGUUGAUAGUAUUAAUUUUAGUUGCGCGUGAGGUCGAUUUAUUACUAUGUUACUUUCUUAUUAUUACAUCGAUCCCGUUGAUCAAAUGUCGCGUUAUAUUUCUACAGCAUGCAUUUCACUUUAUAGAUUGUUUCGCUUUUUUUGUUCCGUUGUGUUGUUGUGCGGUCGCGAUGAUGUGUUCGGGGAGAGGUCCGAUGUAAGGUCGCAUUCACAGAGCGGGACACCACGAGGGUAUUAUCUCUGAUAUCCUCAGAACAUCCCCUAACCCGCGACACAGGCGCCCUCUCCCACAUCUAAAGCAAUAAUAUGUAUGUUACGUCUAGGCUAGCUGUUUGAUUGCAACCAUGGUUACAAUACAUAUAUAUAUUAUUUUUUUUAAAGUGUAAUUGUUCUUAAUACCAACAACAUAGGGUCCAUUGUCGUUUAGCUGUCAUUUAUGAAAAAUAAUGAAGUCAAUAUUGUUAAGGAGAUAUAAUGAAUGUAAAUAGUCUAAAAGCAAUAUAUAGGGACAGUUUAUUUCAUAGGGGGGUGAGGGGAGGUCUCGAUGUGGCUUCCAUAGCUUAGUUAGAUACACAUUGGAAGAAUAGUGCGUUAAAUUUGUUUUGUCAUUUUUUUUUUACUCUGUGCCAUUUGUCAUUUAUAUAUAUAUAUGUUAGUUUUAUACUCUGUCUCAUGUUUAUCCGCUGGUUGUGAUAGCUCUGAAUGUUUUCCGAAAUUAUUUUGAUAAUUAACUUUGCAAAUUUUCAUUUACUUAAUUAAAAUUAUAUAUAUAUAUAUAUAUAUAUAAUUGUCACCACCAGUGAGAAUAAGUUGGAUCCUAUACUAAACGGCUCAUGUAGAACUAUCUCUGAAAUCCCUCGAGAGCUCUGUUAUUUGUACUUAGCUCCUCUCUAUAUUCGACUAUUGUUUAGUUAAAUUAACAUCAUUUUAUUUUAAACUGUUACUAAGAUUCCACAGUUAGCGUGUUAACUUAGGAUUUUUCUUGUUUUUUUUUUUUAAUCCAUCGAAGCUCAACUCUUUACGGCUCGCUCGUUUUUAUUAUCUUAACUAAUUUGAAAAUGCAAUAAAUUUUACAAAUAUGUUUCUUUUCAGUCUUAGGUAUUAUUAUUAUUAUUAUUAUCAUUAUUAUUAUUAAUUUUCUUCCACAGAUAUACAAACGCGUGGUCGUUAGUUCAAUUUGUUCUUUGAAAUUGUGCCUUAUCGCAUAUACGUUAAGUUUUAUAAUGGUUUUGAUUUGUCACUUAUGAUUAUUGUUUCUUUUAAGCCCUAGGAUAACCAGAAACGGAAAUUAUGUAACGAGCUUUGUUUUUUUUUUUAUUUUGUAUCUGUUAAUCGCAUCCCGUUGGCGGCGACUGUGGCACGCCACUGCCAGCUGUCAAGCUGGCGUCUGUCAGACUGACAGCUGUCAGGCUGACAGAGGUCACUUUGAACGCAGCCAACUGUCAUAGCUUACGCCAGCCAGACCAAAGGACUGUGUAACUGUAUUGUAUUUAGAGCGUCCGCGGUGCGCUUGGGUGCUUCUCCUGUCCAGCGACUAAUCCAAGCCCAGCCUCGCCGGGCGCGCUACAUCCGCCUCAUUAUGCUCAGUCGUUUUUAUUUUAUUAAAUGCACUGCUAAUUUAA